UCACUUUUGAAAGAAAAUAUGCACGUUAAUUGCUUGUAUAUGUAUAUUGUCCUGUUGGCUCUCCAGAUCACUGUCUUUUUUCCAAAUUGUAUGUUCUAUUUGUUUACUUUCCAUGUUUUUUCGCGUUGAAUGAUGUUAGAGUUUUCUUCUUAUGAACUAAUGUUUGCUGGUACUCAGCAAAUUUGCUUUGUGCUUUAAAUUUUUGCUGUGGUUUUAAAUGCAUGUCGUUUAUAUGUUUCCAAGACUAGUUCUGGUAGUUCGAGUUCCAGAAGUGAGAUUUCCUCUUAAUCUGAGGCCACUCACUGACGGUCCUUGUCUUUAUUGAUUAGAAAUUAGUACAAUAGUAUAGCAUCAGGUAGUUGCUUAUGUUAAAGCUUGAAUAUCUGGUUGUUGUGGACCAUCUGGUAACAAAUCUAGUUUUUCUCAUUUAGUAGUAGGAAAACUUUAGUUUAACUUCCCAAAGUUAUUUCCCCGGGCAUCCAAAACAUCGAUUCAUUAUCUUCUAAUGUUUUAAUUGUUACAUGUAGCUUCUAAGCUAGCAUAAUUUCAGAACUCAGUGCUCUUUCUAAAUGAUGUUACACUCCACAUGUGAUGCGAAAUGCUGGUGUUGUGAAUGAAAAUCUGGAUGCAGGAUCCUAACAGUUUCAUUGAUGAGAAGGCUGAAAGCAGACUUUACAUUGGCAACCUUGACUUGAGAAUAACAGAGGCUGCUCUUAUUAAGAUGUUCUCGCCGUAUGGUAACAUUGUAUCUGAGGAAUUCUUAUGGCAUACCCGUGGACCAAAGCGUGGAGAGCCACGGGGCUUUGCAUUUAUCCAGUUUAGCACCAAAGAGGAAGCUAAAUUGGCUAAGGAGAAGAUGCACGGGAGAUUAGCUUGUGGCCGCCCUUUGGUUGUUCGUCUUGCCAGUGAGAAACAGUUGGAGGAAGCUGCUCAGAAUUCUUCUAGAGCAGUAGGUGAGAUGAGCAAAACAGGUAUUAUUGGUGGUACUUCAGGGCAGAUGAGUCGGAUUGCUAAGAUAGCUGCAAUAAAGAACAAAUUGAGAACCUUGGAAGAAGAGGGCUGCAGCAUGAAGAAGCAGAAGCAAGCCGGCACCAUUUCUUGUAACAAGAGUGUUGAACAGUCAUCUGGCAGAAAAUGAUGAAUAAAGAUACUGAAGGGAAUAUGAAUAUUAGAAGUAUGUUCAGAGUCCUUGUAGCUUGAGCGCCCCUGUGCCAAACUGUAGUACUGUGGAUAUGUUAACUUGCACAAGCAUUCUUUAGCCUUAGUUUCCGCGUCAUCAAGUUGUUGGGUUUUGAAAAUGAUGUUAACUUGGGUUUGUAAUUUCAUGAAGUGCUAUUAUUAAUGGGAUAAUAACAGGAUGCUUUCUUGUUUA